AUGUUGGACUUGAGCUUCUUGACCGAGGAGGAGUAUGAGAAGCUGAUGAAGGUUCUGCAGAGAGAUGCAGAGCUAAAGAAAAAGGAUGGGGAUCGCAUCAGGCGAAUACAAGGCUCCAUCAAGGAUGAAAAGAAGAAGAAGUUUGUGACAGGUGAAUGGUUUUCAGAAGUGAAGGCAAAACGGUUUCAGGAAGACCUAGAGGGUCCGGACCUACUUCGGGCAUCAAUUAGAAGGAGAAAGGGCAAACUGGAAAAUGAGGCCAAUGAGCACAUCUGCAUGGGUCUGGAAAGCAAAGCUGCCCCAAGAUCUGCCUUCUCUGAGCACACUCCUGGCACAGGAGAGAAGAGAUCCAGCACACCUGCUCUUGACACCACAGAGGAGUGUAAAAUCUUGCCGAAACCGAAGCCAAGACUUCCUGUCCUACUCUCUGCAUCACACAAGAGUUCCAGUAUACAGGAUGUCUCUUCCUCAGAGAGCGACACGGGAACAAGUCCAUUUGUGGCUGCAACAAACAGCUUGCUUUUGUCUAGAAAAGGUCAUGGAGUAUCUCCAUUGCUCCCCGAGGAUGCUGUGCCUCAGCCCAGCAGUGCAGCUGGAGGAGAAGCUGGUGAUGGGGCCACUGGCACCACAGUGGCACCAAAAACUCCACCAGAAGAAACUUGUGCUCCCAGCAAGAUACCAGUUAAGAGGAAACCAAGCAGAACUUUCCCCAGAUCCGAGCAGUUUGCGAAUCACGUGGGGCAGGUUGAGAACAGCCUUGCAAAGAGAGGGCUGCUGGCAAGCCCCAAGCCACUGCCCACAGAGGGGGAAAGCAGCCAGGCUGUGAAGCAAGGUGUGAACUAUACGAUCUCAUCAAUGAGUAACAAAGAGGAGGAUAUCGGCGUCGAUCGUGAACACUUCAAGAACUUGAAGGACUUCUGGGAGAAGGGAGCAGACUCUGUGACGGGAAGCGUGCUGGAGGACCCGAGCUGGGUGGAGGCAGACUGUAGGCAGUUCAAGCUAUGCCGCUCGCUCUCUGUGCAGUCUGGGCAAGGCCAGAACAGCGAAGAAAAACCUGGCGUCUUCCCCAGAACAAGAUCCCCCUACAAAAGGACAAUAACCUUGUCUUCUAGUGAGGAAGAACCGAGCUAUGUAGCCCCUGCAAGGAAGGGCUCGGUUUCUGUCGUUCCUAGGUCCACAUACGCCAAGAGCAAAGGCGGCCUGAUCACAAGAAAUAACUCACUGAGUGAAAGCAGUGGGAAGCCACCAGUGCCAGAGGAAGAGAAGGCAGCACAGUGCUGCUCCAAGAAAUCCAGAUUGCCUGUGCGAGCGCCUUCCGUCAAAAGCAAGUCGCCUACCAAAGAAGCGUCUGGCAGCACGUUUGAGCCAGAGAUGCCUACAGACGACUUUAUCGUGGCAGAAGAGCUCAAGCACGUAGCAAAUUCCCUGGCGAGCAGGGUGCAGAUACUGAUAGAGCCUGUGCUUACAGAUGGUGAAAACGAUGACGAGAAAGAAGAAAGAUCUGAUUUGAGCACUCGUGACAACGUGGAAAUUAAUGGAGAGCUACCUGAGGAGAAAAUGUAUGAGUCUUCAGACAAGCCAACACCCAGUGAACCAGCAGGAGAGGGAGAAGCCAUUCAGGGAAUGGACUCAGCUGUAUACUCAGAGGAAGAUGGGAAUCAGUCUCCCGCCGCUCAGGCAUUGGCCCGAGCAAAUAGCAUUAAUCUUGCCAAGAGCAUGGUGAACAUUUACACAACCACAGAGACGUACAAUAAACCUCAUUUGAUACCCCAUCAGUUUCUCGAACCUGAAAGAAUCAAAGACCUGAGCAGAUCCUCUCCUCUCCUGUUGUCUGAGACUGAAUCAGACACAGCUUCGGAAAUCAGCUUCCAGUUUAACAAGCACAAAAAGACGCCUAGCACUGGCAGCCACUCAUCUGACAUGGCAUCUGUCUCCUCGGUGAGUGGCAGUGUGCUCAGUGUCUACAGCGGCGAUUUUGGGAGUGUGGAUGCCCAGGGUACCGUGGAGUUUGCUCUAGACUACGACGAGAAGAACCGGGAGUUUCAGGUUCACGUGUCCCAGUGCAAAGACUUGGCUGUCGUGGAUGAGAAGAAAGGCAGAUCUGACCCGUAUGUUAAAACUUAUCUGCUCCCAGACAAAGCCAGAAUGGGUAAGAGGAAAACUUCAGUGAAGAAGAGGACAGUGAAUCCCAUUUACAAUGAGGUGUUACGGUACAAAAUAGAGAAAAUGGUAUUACUGAUCCAAAAAUUAAACCUCUCUGUUUGGCACAAUGACCCACUGGGACGUAACAGCUUCUUGGGAGAGAUCGAAAUAGACUUGGCCAGCUGGGACUGGAGCAACAGGAAACUCAACUGGUACCCACUGAAGCCUCGAAGCCUUUCUGCUGUUAAUGGUGUGGAUCAUCGAGGAGUGAUGAAUUUGUCUAUUAAGUAUGUCCCUCCAGGAAGCCUAGGUCCCAAGAAUCCUCCCUCGGGCGAAGUUCACAUUUGGGUCAAAGACAUCAAGGACCUGCUGCAGUUGCGUCCUUCUGGAGUUGACUCCUUUGUGAAAUGCUAUGUGCUUCCAGACACCAGUAAGAAGAGUUACCAAAAGACCCGAGUCAUAAAAAGAGACACAAACCCUGUUUUCAAUCACACGAUUGUAUAUGAUGGCUUUCAUACAGAGGAUCUAAAGGAUGCUUGUGUUGAACUGACUGUGUGGGAUCAUGAAAAACUUACCAACCAUUUCCUUGGAGGAAUCAGGCUGGGCCUCGGGACAGGUUUGAGCUAUGGUGUCUCUGUGAACUGGAUGGACUCCACGCAAGAGGAGGUGGCCUUUUGGCAGGAGAUGAUGUCGGCUGCCAAUGAAUGGAUUGAGGGAUUGCUGCCGCUGCGCUCUCUGGCUGGGAGGAAAGAACUGAAAUAA